AUGGCCUUCCACGGCCAGGGUGCCUUCCCCCAUCAAAGGAGACCCAUCCAGAGGCAAGAACAAGAGCGCCCUGUAGACUGCCAGAAGUUUCAGGCCCCAUCCUUCUUCGAAAUCAAACCCCUAAGUAGCUGUCGGCACCCCAACAUCCAUCAACAUUCGAAAACCCACGCUCGAAGCAUCAAUAUCAUGGAGGGCAAAAAGGACAUCAAGGAUUGUGUCCUCUGCGGUAAGGCCUGCAAGAAAGCCACCCGCAAGGAUUUCUCCUGUGGUUGUGAUCCCUACUGCACCACCUGCGCGACCGCCUACCUGAAGUCGUGCAUCUCGAAGCCGUUCCGCAAGCCCAAGUGCGACGGCGGCUGCGGAUCCCAGAAGCCCUUCCCCGAUCUUUGGGCCCGCCAGUUGCUCCGCCGCAAGGAGGCUACGACCUACUUCGACCUCGCCGACGAGGCCGAUGAGGUCUCCCGCAACGCCGCCUUGUACUGCCAUGACACUGCCUGCGGCCGCUACAUCCCGCUUCGUUACCGCUUCGGUCUGAACAACGUUGCCGGCACCGUCAGCGGCACUGGUACUUGCCCAUGCGGAAAGCUCACCUGCAUUGGAUGCGGCGACAAGGUUCACCAGGGCGAGACCUGUGCCGAGGUUGAAGCGCGCUGGAAGGCGGAGGGAAAGCUUAAGGAGGAGCUUGAGCGUCAGAGUCGUCGUACCAUGGAGCAGUUGACCAUCAAGCAGUGCCCGGUCUGUCAGUCCCCUGCUGAGAAGGCUGAUGGUGGCUGUAACUACGUUCAAUGCGCGUCUUGCGAGAACACCUUUGACUGGGACGAGGCAAGCGUUAUUGACUACAGCAAGUACGUCGACGACAAGCCUGGCGAUGACAAGCCUGAGGGCAUCGAGUCUCGAACUGAGAAGCCUGCUUCUGACAAUUUGGAGUCUUUCGAAUUUAACCCUUUCGAGGACAAGCCCGCCGAGAACGGAUUCGCCGAGAGCAACGCCGCCAACGGCAACUCUUCCGAGGCCAUGGCUAUCGAUGAGCCUGCCGAAACUAUGUAG